AUGUCUAAAUAUUGCCAAAGCAGACUGGUCUGCAAGAAGUGCAGUAAAAGGCAUCCAAGCUGCCUUCAUGAGGACCAAAGAGAUUCGAACAAGGCCAACUUGGCAUCAAGCCAACCGAAGGAAGCUCAAACCGCAUCGACCUCAAAUCCUCAAGCUGUAACGCACAAAGUACAAGGCGAUGAACGUAGUGACCUUACAUCAAUGAUUGUGCCUGUGUACCUUUCUAGUACAGAUAGGCCUGACAAGGAGGUUCUAGUGUAUGCACUACUAGACUCCAUGUCAAACACCACCUUCCUUUCCGAAGAUGUCGGCCAAGACCUGGAUGUACAAUCCCAGCCUGCCACAUUGUCGUUGACAACUUUGACAGAUGAGAUAUCGAUCUCAACCUUCAAGUAUGACAAUCUUCGUGUCAGAGGUUUUUAUUCCUCGGAGAAAAUUCGUCCCUCCACAUUUACUAGGCAGUCUAUCCCUCUGGACGACAGUCAUAUCCCGACUCCAGAAACUGCCUCCAAGUGGCCUCAUCUCGUGUGUGUGCAGGAUAUGAUAGCGCCAAAACAAGACUGUCCUGUCGGUCUUCUGAUUGGCUACAAUUGUGCACAGGCCCUUGCUCCUCUGACGUCAGUCCGAGGCCAAAAUGGUGAGCCGUAUGCUGUCCAAACAGACCUUGGUUGGAGUAUUGUUGGAGGUCAGUCUGACUUGUCCAACAGCUUCGAUUCGUUUGGCCACACAUACAGGACAGUCAGCAUGAAGGUAGAGGCCCCGAUCGAUAUCAAGAAGGUGACAUUCGCUUACCAGUCUCCCUUAAAGGAAGCGACUGCAUCGGAUUUCCUUCAGCUCAUGGAAAGGGACUUCCAAGAAGCUGAACAAGCUGAUGCAAUGUCACAAAAUGACAAAAAAUUCAUUCAAGUUGUCACCGAAGGUUUACGCCAGAGAGAGGAUGGGUUCUAUGAGAUGCCUCUUCCAUUCAAGAAAGGACCGCCAUCUCUUCCGAACAAUCGACAGGCUGCUUUGGGUCGAUUAGCAGGUCUCAAGAAACAGUUCCUGAAGAAACCUGAAUAUCACAGUCACUACAAGGUAUUCAUGAAGGAGAUCUUGGCACGCGGUGAUGCAGAGAUGGUCGGUGAUAGUAGUGACAAAGGCUUGUGGUAUAUUCCUCACCAUGGGGUAUAUCACGCUAAGAAGCCUGGCAAGGUCAGGGUUGUAUUCGAUUGUAGCGCCAGGUAUCUUGGGACAAGCCUCAAUGACCAUCUCCUGCAAGGCCCUGACUUGAUUAAUCCUCUCAUCGGUGUCCUGUUGAGAUUUCGCCAAGGUCCUGUGGCAUUCAUGUGCGAUGUGGAGAAGAUGUACCACCAGUUUAAGGUUGCAGAUCCACAUCAAAACUAUCUGCGUUUCUUGUGGUGGGAGGAUGGGGAUCUCUCCAAGACCCCAGUAGAUCAUAGGAUGAAGGUCCACCUCUUUGGGGCAACCUCAUCUCCGGGCUGUGCCAACUUUGGCUUAAAACAGAUUGCGAGGACCACAAGAAACUCGGUGACCGUGCAGCCAACUUCCUCAAGAGGAACUUUUAUGUCGAUGAUGGCCUAA